CAAACUCAUGUCGGCUGCACAAAAUACAAACAAUUUAAAAGAGCUGAAAACAGUAUUUGCUGGACAAGCUUGCUAAGCAGUCGUAAAUCUUUCGAGAGUAAACACUUCUAUUUGUUAUUGCAAACAUGUCACCGACACCAUCAUCAACACCAACGUCAGCUUAUUACACCGUUGACAUACGUUCGGAUACGGUGAGUUUACCCACUGCUGAAAUGCGUCAAGCCAUGUUUGAGGCGAAAGUCGGUGACGAUGUUUAUGGCGAAGACCCUACAAUUUUGGAGUUGGAAAAAAAGUCUGCUUUGCUGUUUGCGAAAGAGGCAGCACUUUUUGUGCCGAGUGGAACAAUGGCAAAUUUAUUGGCGAUAAUGGUUCAUUGUCAUCGUCGCGGUACCGAGGCCAUCGUUGGCGAUCUAUCCCAUACAUUCCUGUACGAGCAGGCUGGUGCAGCACAAAUUGCCGGUGUACAAUUAGCAACAAUUAAAAAUAAAACAGACGGUACAUUCUGUCUCCGCGAAAUGCAACAUAAAAUGAGACUUUACGAUGACUGCCAUGAACCCGUUACGACGCUGGUAAUUGUCGAAAAUACACACAACAUGUGCGGUGGCAAAGUGUUACCCCUCGAAUGGUUGAAUGAACUGGCUGGCAUUUGUAAAAAUACCGCAAAGACAAAUGGCAAAAAGAUUGCACUCCACAUGGAUGGUGCCAGGGUAUUUAAUGCUGCGGCACAUUUAAAAGUGCCUGUGUCACAAAUUACAAAGGAUUUCGAUUCGGUGUGCUUUUGUUUGAGCAAAGGUCUAUCGGCACCAGUCGGUUCAGUAUUGGUGGGCACGAAAGCGUUUAUUAGUGAAGCUCGUCAUCUGCGUAAAGUUUUAGGUGGUGGUAUGCGACAAUGUGGCAUUUUAGCUGCUGCCGGCUUAGUGGCACUUGAGACAAUAGUACCCCGCUUGACUGGGGAUCAUGAAAGAACAAAACGUAUUGCAGAAGCUUUACAUAAUCUACACAGUCCCAACUUUACUGUUGACCUGGAAAAUGUUCAUUCUAAUAUACUGUUGAUUCAUAUGGUUAAUCCAAAAAUAGCUGCCAGUGACUUUGCUAAACGCUUGGGUGAAGUAACAACACAAGAACUUCAAGAUGGUUUAACGACAACAACAGACGAUGGCAACAGGGCUAUUGUAUUGAAGGUCAGUGCCCGUGACUGGGCAUAUGCACGUAUUGUUUUAUAUCAUCAAAUUACGGACAAGGAUAUCGACUAUACGAUUAGAAAGUUUGAAUAUGUUAUUAAGGAGUUUGAUGGUUUAUUGUCGUAGUUGAAUUGUGUAAUUUACAAUACUAUUUGUAUGCAUAUCGUAUUAUUAGCUACAAUAUGAUAAUAACUCAACAUUUGCAAUCUUUCAGAUAAUGAAAUAUCUUAAUGACUUAAACAAAUAAAACUUUAUUUCUCUCAACUAUAUUUACUGAGUUAUAACGUUCUUGACGCAAAUGAGCCAUAUGUAUUCAUAUAUAUUUCUAUAAUUCUACAUGCAUUUAAACUGUAAAUAUGUUAAAAUUAUUUAGCUCAAUAAAUAAUAAAUUUGUUUUUAUUGUACAAAAUAGUAAAA